UAUUUUUUUAAUUAACAAUAACUCAAGUACAAAGAUAAUUAUCUCUAUUUGUGGACAAUCAACGAAAACUUGAAGGAAAUAUCGGAAAUAACAUUCUGUUUUCUAAGUGUAUGUGUGUGUGUGAGGUUGUGAAUAAAGUGCUCGGUGUAUGUGCGUGUGAAAACUAAUGCUAAAGUAAUCAAUGCUAAACGCAUUGAAGCUAAAACUAUAACUAGAAACCAGAAUCGGCUCCGUCUCAACACGGCAGGAAGUCAAUAAAAAUAAACACAUAAAAGCAACUUGCGCUCUAAGAAAUAAUGUCAACCACAAGCGGAGCAACUGGGGCAAUGGAGGGAGCCAGGACGACGCCCACCACGCCAACGUUGGUGACCAAGGCGUUUGUUAAGACAGUUGAGGCCAUAAUUAGCAGUACAACAUCCUCAACAUCCUUGCCAUCGAGCUCGUCAACAACUGCGUUUCCCUCCACCGAUUCUUCAUCAUCAUCAUCAUCAGCAGCAGCAGCAACAGCAGCAGCAUCUUCAGCAACUACAACAUCUACUUUGGGGGCAAGUGAAGAGAAGCUCAGCGUGAAAGAUUUAAGUCAGGCACUGCAACAUUUUGGCAUUGUUGAUUAUAUGGUUUUCGUUGCCAUGUUGGCCAUUUGUGCUAUUAUUGGCUUCUAUUUCGGUUUUAUCGAAAAGAAGCAAAAGAAAAAGAAAUCAAAAUUGGCCAGCAAUGGAACGGAUGGCGCUGGCGCAGCUGGAAUCGAGGAACAGCGACGCGGGUCCGAGGCCUUGGAUUACUUGGUGGGUGGGCGUAAAAUGAAAGUAUUUCCUGUCGCUCUGUCAUUGGUGGCUAGCUUCGUGUCGGGCAUCUCACUCUUGGGCACAUCGACCGAAAUUUAUGUCUAUGGCACACAAUAUGCCUUCAUUUUGAUUACAUUGGCAUUCUCAGGAGCCAUCUCUUGGUACAUUUUCCUGCCAGUAUUCUGCAACCUGCAAUUGACUUCAACCUACGAGUAUUUUGAGAGACGUUUCAGCAGACGCAUGCGUUUGUUCGGUGCCUCAUUAUUUGUCCUGAAAGCGAUUAUAUGGCUUCCCAUUGCUGUUUAUGUGCCAGCGUUGAGCUUCAAUCAAGUCAGCGGCGUUGAUAUACACACAAUUACACCUAUUGUCAUCAUUAUUUGCACUUUCUACACCUGUGUGGGUGGUCUCAAGGGUGUCGUCUAUACGGAUGUUGUGCAAAGUGUGAUAAUGUAUGGAUCUCUGAUUGCAAUCAUGAUAAAGGGCACAAUCGAUUUGGGCGGUUUCGGUGUAGUCUGGCAGCGUAAUCUUGAUGGUGGUCGUAUCAAUGCGCCAGAAUGGUCUCUGGAUCCCACUGUACGCAUGAGUGUGCUAUCGGUCUUUCUAGGUGGCACGUUCUUUAAAUUGCAAAGCACUUCAAUCAAUCAGACGAUAAUACAGCGUUUCAUGUCGCUGCCAUCGAUUAAGCAUGUGAAGCAAACACUAUUUAUCUUUACAAUCGGAAUAACCCUGCUCUAUGCUGGUUGUGUCUAUGUUGGCUUGGUCUGCUAUGCCACCUACUACGAUUGUGAUCCCAUGUCCACUGGUUUGGCUGGACGUCGUGAUCAGUUGGUGCCUCUUUUGGUGAUGCGAGUUUUGGGUGUUAUUCCUGGACUACCGGGUCUCUUUGUAUCUGCUGUAUUCAGUGCUGCCCUUAGUUCUCUGUCCACAUUGCUGAACUCUUUGGCGGCUGUUAUUUUGGAGGAUUUCGUCAAACCUCGCCUGGGCAAGGCAAUGACAGAGCGUCAUGUGGCUAUGACGAUGCGUUUGGUUGUGGUUAUAUUUGGUACUAGUUCCAUAUUCAUGGUUUAUGUAGUGGAGAAAUUGGGCAUGGUGCUCCAAUUGUCAGCUACUCUUCAAUCAAGUUUAUAUGGACCGAUGUUGGGUAUCUUUGCCGUAGGCAUGCUGAUGCCUUGGGUUACCGAAAAGAGCGUCUUUCUGGGAAGUAUUCUGUCAUUUUCCACUAUGGCUUGGAUAGCGGUCAAUGCCCAAAUAGCCAAUGUAAGUGGCUCGUUCCGUCAUACCAAACUGCCAGUUUCCGUUGAGCAAUGCGAAUAUGAAUUCGAUAUGAAUCGUUAUCUUAACUCUACUGCUGAAUACGAACCACACAGUGGUUCUUCGGUAUAUCAUAUGUCCUUCUUGUUAUAUACAUUAUCUGGAGCACUACUCGCUAUAAUCUUCUCGAACUUGGCAACUUUAAUUUUUGGGCGACAGGAUGUUGCGGCUGUAGAUGAGGAACUGUUGGCUCCAAUCGUUCAACGUUAUUUGCGUAGAAAUAAAUACUAUGAUAGUAUCGAGCUUAAAAAAGAACCAAAGUCUUUGGUUGUUGAGGCUUCUGAUUAAAAUAAGAUGCGAUCACAUUGCUUACCUAUAGUGUAAGAUAGCAACCGCAACACAGAGGCAAUAAAAAGUGUUUAGGAGUCUGAUAAAGUAUCUAUCUAUAAUUGGAUUGAGCUUUAGGAGUCUGAUAAAGUAUCUAUCUAUAACUGGAUUGAACUCUAUAUCUGUUUAUCUAUUUUGUUUUGAUUUCUGUCUUUCUAUUAAUUAAUCUAACUAACUAUUUAUAUAUUUACCUUUCUUUUGAACUAACUAUUUUUAUAUCUAUAUAUUUAUCUAUAUUAUAUACUAACUAUUUAACUCAACAACUGUCUAUAUUAACAAUAGAUCUUUGACUAACCAAUCCCACACUUGUCUACCUAAAAAUUUAUCGAUUUAAUUAUUAGAUGGACACAUACAUUAACCUUUUGAUGAACAGACUUAUUUUUUAAAUAUUUCUACCAAUUAUACUUCUCUUCUUUUUUACCAUCCAUUCUAUCUGUUUCUUCUAUCUACUUUCCUAUUUAAAACUAAGUACAACUCAUUGGUAUUGGUAUUUUUACUUUUGAUAUGUAUAAAAUCUUAUAAUAAGCAACAAUAAAUUUUAAAAUUUA